UUUUUGUGGAACCGACUAUGAAAGAGAUAUUUGAAUAUGAAGAUAACGCAAUGGUACAAGAAGAUACUGCACAUUCUUGGUACCGAAAAUCACGUAAUCAUGAGCCGGAAGAACAAGUUACAAGAGAUUAUAAAAAGUCCUUUGAUAAAUGUAUUAGAUUUGGCAAAUCGCCAAAGAGCCAGGGAUUGGAAUCUCGAGUUAGAAGAAUUUUGACGUGGAUUAAUCACGAACCAGUUACCUUAGUCAACGGUCGACAAGCGGAUUUCUUACAACGCACUAGAUCGUUUGUCGGACAAAUCAAAGAUCCAGAAACAUCGCGUCUUCAUGUAGAUACCAUACACAUUAGGAAGAGUGUCAAAGAUGAAUUAAAUGUAUCAGACAAACAAGUGCUUUUCUGGUGGCAAUGUUUGCAAGAUUUAAACAAUUUCCGUCAAAAACUCAAAAAGCGUAUUCAGGAAGUGCCGUUCUUAGACAUAGAGGAUGAGUUUUCUUGUCUAGACAAAGAAUACGUCGGAACUCUACCUGAAGAUAAGGUUUUUCUGAUUUUCGAGAAGUAUCGCAUAUAUCCAAAUAAGAAGUUUCUUGUACCAUUAAUGGACACGUUGCAAUUGCGCACAGAUGGAAAUAUUAAUUACAGAGAAAUACUAAAUCUCUUGAAUUGGAAGCGCAGUUUACCCGUUCUACCAAUAAUUAAACAAGCACCAGUGACAAGUCUAGAUUGUACUACGUAUAAUGACAGCAUAAAAAAUAUUCAGACAACUGAUAGCGCAAAAGUACGUGCGGCAGGACUUCCAUCUGAAAGAUCAGAUUUUCUGAUAACAAUGUUACCGCGCGUUGGAUUACAUCCAGAUAAGGAGAACUUGGGCGAUCAAACCUCCACCCAUUGCUUGAUAUCGCCUAGCAUAUUUAUGAGAUACGGUUUGACACAUAUAGAUUUUUUUAAGAUGCGUGACAAGGAAGAAAUACGAAGCAUAUUCAAGAACGUCGGUUUCAAAUUUUCAGAGGAGAACUUUGAUACACUUUGGCAGAAAGGAAUGCGGAAGGAUUGCACCGACGGUAUGUGCGUUGAAACAUUUCGAGAGUUACUUGCCGCGUCAGGUUUCGUGGCAAAGAAAAUUACAUGUGACUAAAUGCAUACAAACUUUUCAUCUUGAAAAAUCUAUAUAUAUGA